ACGCGCGUUGCAUUGUGGGACGGUGAGCGGGUUAAAGAUGGCGGCGCGCGUCCUCUCCCGGUGUGUCCGGUCACUGAGCCGCGGCGCGGCCCCGGUUAUCCGCUGUGAAGUCUCCGCCCUGUCUCUCCGCCGCGCGCGGGGCUUCUCUCAGCUCGUACCGGGACACAAACCGGUGCUCGCGCAGGUUAGCGGCGGGAUCCAGCAGUGGCGGCACUACGGCGACCUUCCACCUCUGACCCUGGAGUCAAUCAAAGACCGCGUGCUGUACGUCCUCAAACUGUAUGAUAAGAUCAACCCAGAGCAGCUUCAGGUCACGUCUCACUUCAUGAAGGACCUGGGCCUAGACAGUCUCGACCAGGUGGAGAUCAUCAUGGCCAUGGAGGAUGAAUUCGGGUUCGAGAUUCCAGACGCUGAGGCGGAGAAGCUGAUGACUCCUGAUGAGAUCGUCCAGUACAUCGCAGAUAAAAAGGACGUGUACGAAUGAGCGCUUCUCGUUCACUGUACAGUGGUGUGUGUGUGUGGAGAGACGCCUGUGACGACGGCGGUGUAGCGUGUGUGUAUUGUGUUCAGCUGUGAAAUUAAAGCUCUUUGUGAUCCUGGACUUUAUUCUAGAGCUGAUUUGGGAUCAGCAGGAUCUACUCUUCCUACUGCAGGAAAUGAUUAAAGUAUAAACUUGAGCAGAAUAAAAUCACUGGUUUAGA